AUGGAAGCUAGCAAACUUGGGUUUGGCGUUGUGAUUGGAAGGUCCAAAAAUGACACUAGUAUAAGGCAAGCAUUUGUUGUUAUGACAUGCGAGAGAAGUGGGAAAUAUGUUUCAAAAAUUCGGAAGUUAAAACACGAUGACACGGGAUCGAGAAAAUGUGAAUGUCCGUUUAAAUUACGCGCUUCUUGUAGGGUGGAUGGUUUAUGGCGGUUUAGUGUCAUUUCCGAGAAUCGAAAGGUGGUCAAGCUUGAGUGUCGUUCACCUUCACUUGAUACUAAAGGAAACAUAAAGUUCACCUCGUCUGAGCUUAAGAACGAAGACAACUUAGAGGUUAUGAAGGCUACUUUUGAACGAUACUCUUCUAAGGGUCCGAUUGAGGAGGAUGCGAAGCUUCAAAGAUCGAGAGAAUAUGAAUUUGAUUAUGUAUGUCCCAAAGAUGAAUUUGGAGAUGCAUAUCCGAAAUAG